UGGAUGUCUAGCUGGCGAGUUUUACAGCACGGUGAUUUAGUUCAGUGCUUAAAUACAGUUUAUUAAUUCAAUUCAACACGAUGCGGUUAAUUUAGAAACCAGAGAAUGACUGCAUAGCUAGAUAUAUACUCAUAUAACGUGUAACCAAUCUAGAGAUUGGUAAACGAAUGCUAGCUAGUUGGCUGAUAUUUUGGCUACAGUUGAGAGGAGUAGCUAAGUUAGCUAGGUAGCUAGCUACAUGCUGAAGGGACGUGAUUUUACAUCAAUUACCAAAACAUAGUAUAUAAUUUAAACCGCCCACAAAGUAUAGCUGCAUAGCUGUUAAAUUGAGCAUCCUAAUUGCUAUCGAAAAGCUAAUAGUUUUUACAUUUGGACAAAUGUGGCUAGAUGUAACGUUUGCAAGUAAGCUAGGUAGCUAUCUAGCUAGCUAAAGCAGAACAACCAACGCCAUUUUCGCCGUUCGUUGUUUAGGUAGCUAGUCUCGAAAGCUGUCACUUGUUGCUAGAUUUCUGUAUUGACUGUGGUGUUAACAGUUUUGCUCGGUAAAUAGACAAAUAGCCAGCUAGCUAUACAGAGAGUAACUCCAGAUCGGUAAAAUGGACGAUUUCAGCUCGAUUAGUUUGCUUUCGUUGGCAAUGUUAGUGGGAUGUUAUGUUGCUGGAACCAUUCCUUUGGCUGUUAAUUUUUCAGAGGACAAGCUGAAGCUUGUGACAGUGCUAGGGGCUGGGCUGCUGUGCGGUACCGCUCUGGCUGUCAUUAUUCCAGAGGGGGUCCAUGCACUGUAUGAAGAGGUCUUAGAAGGAGGGCACCAUUCACACGGCCUGAGUGAGGGGGCGGGGGGUCUGGAGAAGAAAGCUGGUGUGGAUGGAUCGGUGGGUGCCGGCGGGGAACACUCCCACAGCCACGAGCAGCUACACGCCUACAUCGGGGUGUCCCUCGUGUUGGGGUUCGUCUUCAUGCUGCUGGUGGACCAGAUCGGCAGCUCCCAUGUACACAGCACAGAUGAUCCGGAGUCUGGGAGAACGGCAAGCUCAAAGAUCACCACCACCCUGGGCCUGGUGGUCCACGCUGCAGCUGAUGGAGUGGCGCUUGGAGCGGCAGCCUCCACCUCCCAGACCAGCGUCCAGCUCAUUGUCUUCGUGGCCAUCAUGCUGCACAAGGCUCCGGCAGCGUUUGGCCUGGUGUCCUUCCUGAUGCACGCAGGGCUGGAGAGGAACCGGAUCCGCAAGCACCUGCUGGUUUUCGCUCUGGCCGCUCCCGUCCUCGCCAUGCUCACCUUCCUGGGCCUCAGUCAGAGUAGUAAAGAGGCCCUGUCAGAGGUCAACGCCACAGGAGUGGCCAUGCUCUUCUCAGCUGGGACCUUCCUGUAUGUGGCCACUGUCCACGUCCUGCCCGAGGUGGGUGGGGCCGGUCACAGCCACGCCCCCAGUGGGGGGAGUGGCGGGAAGGGACUGAGCAAGGUGGAGGUGGGGGCGCUGGUGCUGGGCUGCCUCAUCCCGCUGGUGCUGUCCAUCGGACACCAACACUAGGGCGGACACUGGAGCCGGGAGGGAGAGCGAGGGGUUUCAAGACGGCGGCAAAACUCAAACCUAUACAGAUUUGAACAUUCUUAUUCCUCAGUGGGGGGUCACUUGAUGUGUUGAUGUCCUCACGGUGCUGGGACCGUGAUAACGACUGGAUCAGAAACCCCACUCCUCCCCCCCUACAGGAAAGUGGAGUGAGGGGGCGGGGCCUGAAGAGUUCGGAGGGAGGGUGUCUUGUGAAUAAAGGCCCCAUGUGCUGAUGCAGUUGACAUGAGGGAGUGCUGUCUCCCCAUGAGGGAGGGCGACAGUUUAUGUGUUUAAUUUUAAUUUAAAACGCUUUUUGGGGGAAUCGGGGUAGGCAAGAGUUAGGUUGCUUGAGUAUCAGUGGUGUUAUGAUUAUUUCUUUAGUCAUGUUUCAGGAUAAUGGUUAUUUCAGCAGAGUUUUUAAUUCUGAAUUCUCAAAAAAGAUUUUAUAAGUAAAAUUAAUAGUAAGCAAUUGAAAAACAAGACGAUGCUCAGACAAGGCAAGACUAUUGCAGAAAAUAAGAGAUCCCCUUUCAUCUUGCAGCUCUAGUGAUAUUUUUCUUGUGGUGCAGAGGUUUGGAAAAAUGAACAGAAAAGUUUGCGCCAUAUAAGCUGAUUAAUGCUCUGCCCCACAAUGUGCAAUAAAAAUUUCACUAUUGCUGUAAUGUUGUAACUCUGUUUCUUUUAAUAAAUUGCAGAGUGUAAAUACAGUAUCUCCCAUGUAACUGGCUGUUCCCUGUUAUAUCCAGAUAUCACUGUUGGAUUUCCAAAUGAAUGUUUUCCUGAACAUAAGGCUCACAUUUCUCUACUGGUGAAUUAAUGGUUCUCUCCAGAGACCAUAUAAACACGUUUUCUGUACCUCUUGCUCUUUUCAUACCAUGUCAUGAACAUCUCUUUGCUUUGUCUUCUUUCUGAGAUACAGAGUUGCCAAAAUGUUGCUGAUUUUCCUGGUCAGAGAGGCAUUUAUGAUUAUUGCUCUCUUCACGGAGAAAGCAAAUGAGAACAAAAUGUGUAGCUAUACACAGACCAAGGAAUAGAGUGGUUUUAAUGAGUAUGUUCAAGUACUAAUGUUUUUUAAACAAUGUAUGUGGUGAAUAUGGGGGGAGGGGGGUGAUUUUUUAUUUUAAAGACUUGGUUGAAUUGAGGGACCAGAGCAGGGGUUUUUUAGGAUGUUAGUAGGGGGUCCCUGCAGGUCUCUGAUAUUUGGAACCUUAGGUUUCUUCUAUUCUACAUAUUCUACAGACCCAGUAGGUAUCUAACACAGCACUCUGACUGAUUCAUGCUGAGGGAUACCAGGGUUGUCCAGUAAUUAUUAUAUUAUUGUUAUUGUCCAUGUCAGACUUAAGCAAUAAUCAUGUAACAGUUACAGCACAGUUAGUCUGAAAAAGCUCAGCUGAGUUGUUAAUGUCAAAGAAGAACGAGCUUGACUAUUGUUUGUUGUUUAUGAUGGGUUGUGGUUGUCAGUGUGACCAGGCCUGCUUUAGGCAGAGCUGAUGUAUAUAAUGUACAUAGCAACGUUUUCCACAAUCAAGUACUCUCAGCUCAAGGCCUGCAAAAAUCACUCUGACAUAGUGUGUGAUGGUUUUCUCUCAAUCUGAUGGACUGGAUCGAGUGCAAAGUGGCAUGCUUGGCUAAGGAUGGAAAAAAACUGUGUAAUUUUUUUAAUCAAUCAAGUUGAAGCCAAUAUUUUACAGGAGAAAUGUUAUUUUCUUAACAAUUCCUUUGAAAAAGACAAUAGUUUAAAGCCCAGCAGUCAGGCCAGUCCCACCCCCCCAUACUCAUGUGUGUUCCCAGUGGGCGCGCUCUCUUACCUGUAAGCUGAAACUCUUUCAUGUAAUUUCCUGCCCCUCCUGUGGCUCGCGUUAAUGGAGGCUCUUCACCUUAUUUGAUUAUGGUCCUCCUGCCUCUCACCGGUUGGAAGUCUGUUAUUUGUGCGUGCACUAUAUGCCAGUCCGGAUCACUCAUUUUACUCCCCGCGCUGCCUCCGUGGGGAUGGAUCAAUGCAGUAUUGUCAUAGGGAGAGAGGAAGUGACGUGAUGGUAACGGAAGAAAUGGGGUGGGCUGUGUGGGCAUGGUGCAGUUCACUCGCUGCCUCUCCCCUUUGGUCUUAGUAAAUACUGUAACACAUAAAGGGAAAGACCCCCCCUUCUCCUGAGUGCACACCUCUCACUGUCAGUAACAGGUUAUCUUUCCCCCUACCUGGUCUGGGUCUAUUGGGGGGGGGGGGUCAUUGUCAGAUUUCACUUCUUUUGGUUUACAUGUGAUCAUUCCACAGGGAGUCUGCCUUAUUUCCUUCUCUUGAUUGUGAAACUUAACAGUCGUUGCAAAACUAUGUGUUUUAUGAUGAUUUAAAUAAAGUUUUUUUA